CUGGAUUUACCGUUCUUGGCCCCCCUAAGCCCCCCCGUGCGGGGGGCGACUGUGAUCGCUCUGGCGGUUGGAGGUCGGGGAGCGGCCCGGGCUCUGGCCAUGUUCUCGGAUGAGGAUUUCUGGAUCGCCCUGUGAAGAGGUCUCCCCGAGAGGGCCCUGCCCCGUCGGAGAGAGGGAUGGACAGCCAGAAGUCGCCUGGUGAGGAUAAAGAUUCAGAACCGGCAGCUGAUGGACCUGCAGCCUCCGAGGAGCCAGGUGCCGCUGAGCCAGACCUUCCCAACCCACGUGUGGGGGAGGUGUCUGUCCCCAGUUCUGGGAGUCCCAGACUUCAGGAGCCACCCCAGGGCUGCAGUGGGGGUCCAGUGCGGCGCUGUGCUCUCUGUAACUGCGGGGAGCCAAGUCUUCAUGGGCAGCGGGAACUGCAACGCUUUGAGUUGCCAUUUGACUGGCCCCGGUCUCCAGUGGUGUUACCUGGGGGGAACCCAGGACCCAGUGAGGCAGUGCUUCCCAGUGAGGAUCUAUCACAGAUUGGUUUCCCUGAGGGCCUUACACCUGCCCACCUAGGAGAACCUGGAGGGUCCUUCUGGGCACACCAUUGGUGUGCUGCAUGGUCAGCAGGCGUUUGGGGGCAAGAGGGCCCAGAACUAUGUGGUGUGGACAAGGCCAUCUUCUCAGGGAUCUCACAGCGUUGCUCCCACUGCACCAGGCUCGGUGCCUCCAUCCCUUGCCGUUCUCCUGGAUGUCCACGGCUUUACCAUUUCCCCUGUGCAACUGCCAGCGGUUCGUUCUUAUCCAUGAAAACACUGCAACUGCUUUGCCCGGAACACAGUGAGGGGGCUGCACAUCUGGAGGAGGCUCACUGUGCAGUAUGUGAGGGACCAGGGGAAUUAUGUGACCUGUUCUUCUGUACCAGCUGUGGGCAUCACUAUCAUGGGGCCUGCUUGGAUACUGCUUUGACUCCCCGCAAGCGUGCUGGCUGGCAGUGCCCUGAAUGCAAAGUGUGCCAAGCCUGCAGGAAACCUGGGAAUGACUCUAAGAUGUUGGUCUGUGAGACUUGUGACAAAGGAUAUCAUACCUUCUGCUUAAAACCACCCAUGGAGGAACUGCCUGCUCACUCUUGGAAGUGUAAGGCAUGUCGGGUAUGCCGGGCCUGUGGAACAGGUUCAGCAGAGCUGAAUCCCAACUCUGAGUGGUUUGAGAACUACUCACUCUGUCACCGCUGUCACAAAGCCCAGGGAGGUCAACCUAUCAGUUCUGUUGCUGAGCAGCAUUCGCCUGUCUGUAGGAGAUUUUCACCCCCAGAGCCUGGCGAUAUCCCCACUGAUGAGCCCGAUGCUCUGUGCGUUGCAUGCCAAGGGCAGCCAAAGGGUGGGCACGUGACCUCUAUGCAACCCAAGGAAUCGGGGCCCCUGCAAUGUGAAGCCAAACCACUAGGGAGAGCAGGGGCCCAACCUGAAUCCCGGUUGGAGACCACCCUAAAUGAGGAGAUGCCACUGCUGCCCCCACCUGAGGAGUCACCCCUGUCCCCACCACCUGAGGAAUCACCCACGUCUCCACCUCCUGAAGCCUCACGCCUGUCCCCGCCGCCUGAGGAAUCACCUGCUUCCCCACCGCCUGAGAUGUCACACCUGUCCUCUCCGCCUGAGGAAUCACCCCUUUCCCCACCGCCUGAAGAGUCUCCUCUGUCUCCCCCACCUGAAUCAUCACCUUUUUCUCCACUGGAAGAGUCACCCUUCUCUCCACCAGAAGCAUCACCCCCAUCUCCCUCACUUGAGACGCCCUUGUCCCCACCACCUGAAGCAUCACCCCUGUCUCCUCCAUUUGAGGAGUCUCCCUUGUCACCCCCACCUGAAGAAUUGCCCAGUUCCCCACCACCUGAGGCAUCUCGCCUGUCUCCACCACCUGAGGAGUCACCUAUGUCCCCUCCACCUGAAGAGUCACCCAUGUCUCCACCACCUGAGGCAUCUCGUCUGUUCCCACCAUUUGAAGAGUCUCCCUUGUCCCCUCCACCUGAAGAGUCUCCCUUGUCUCCACCUCCUGAGGCUUCACGCCUGUCCCCACCCCCUGAGGACUCACCCAUGUCUCCACCACCUGAAGACUCACCUAUGUCCCCCCCACCUGAGGUAUCAUGCCUGUCCCCACUGCCUGAGGUAUCACACUUAUCCCCCCUACCUGAGGUGUCACGCCUGUCCCCACCACCUGAGGAAUCUCCCUUGUCUCCGCCACCUGAGGAGUCCCCCACGUCACCUCCACCUGAGGCUUCACGCCUAUCCCCACCACCUGAGGACUCGCCCACAUCUCCACCACCUGAAGAUUUAUCUGCUUCUCCACCACCGGAGGACUCGCUCAUGUCCCUGCCACUGGAGGAGUCACCCCUGUCACCACUGCCUGAGGAGCUGAGACUCUGCCCCCGGCCUGAGGAGCCACACCUGUCCCCACAGCCUGAGGAGCCCCAACUUUGUUCCCAGUCUGAGAAGCUGCACCUGUCCCUGCAGCCUGAGGAGCCGAGACUCUAUCCCCAGCCUAAGGAGCUGCACCUGUCCCCACGGUCUGAGGAGCCGCACCUGUCCCCACGGCCUGAGGAGCCGCACCUGUCCCCACGGCCUGAGGAGCCGCACCUGUCCCCACGGCCUGAGGAGCCAUGUUUGUCCCCUGUGCUUGAGGAGCCAUGUCUAUCCUCUCAGCCUGAGAAACUACACCUAUCUCCUGUGACUGAGGAACCAUGCUUAUCCCCUCAGCCUGAGGGAUUGCUUACCCUCCAGCCUGAGGAGCCCCACCAGUCGCCUAUGCCUGAGGAGCCAUGCCUGACCCCCCAGCUUGAGGAACCAUGCCGAUCCCUUCAGCCUGAAGAGCCUCCUGAGGAGCCACACCUGUGCCCUGCAUCUGAGGAGUUGCCCUUGUUUCCCCCACCUGGGGAGCCUCCCUUGUCCCCCUUGCUUGGAGAGCCGGCCCUGUCUGAGCCUGGGGAACCACCUCUAUCCCCUCUACCUGAGGAGAUGCCCAUGUCCCCAUCAGGGGAGCCAUCCUUGUCACCUCAGCUGAUGCCAUCAGAUCCUCUUCCUCCUCCACUGUCACCCAUUAUUCCAGCUACAGCCCCACCAGCUCUGUCUCCUUUGGGGGAGUUAGAGUACCCCUUUGGUGCCAAAGGGGACAGUGAUUCUGAGUCACCAUUGGCUGCCCCCAUCCUAGAGACACCCAUCAGCCCUCCACCGGAAGCUAACUGCACUGACCCUGAGCCUGUGCCCCCAAUGAUCCUUCCCCCAUCUCCAGGCUCUCCAAUGGGACCUGCUUCUCCCAUCCUGAUGGAACCUCUUGCUCCACAGUGUUCUCCACUUCUUCAGCAUCCCCUCCCUCUUCCAGACUCCCCUCCUUCCCGGUGCUCCCCUCCUGCUCUGCCACUGUCCAUUCCCUCCCCAUUGAGUCCCAUGGGAAAGGCAAUGGAUAUCUCAGAUGAGGCUGAGUUGCAUGAGAUGGAGACUGAGAAAGGCCCAGAACCUGAGUGCCCAGCCUUGGAACCCAGUGCCACCAGUCCUCUCCCUUCCCCCAUGGGGGACCUUUCCUGCCCUGCCCCCAGCCCUGCCCCAGCUCUAGAUGACUUCUCCGGCUUGGGGGAAGACACAGCGCCUCUGGAUGGGACUGAUGCUCCUGGUUCACAGCCAGAGGCUGGACAGACCCCUGCCAGUUUGGCUAGUGAACCUAAAGGUUCCCCUGUGCUCCUGGACCCUGAGGAGCUGGCCCCUGUGACCCCUAUGGAGGUCUAUGGCCCAGAAUGCAAGCAGGCAGGGCAAGGAUCACCCUGUGAAGAACAAGAGGAGCCCCGUGUACCAGUGGCCUCCAUACCACCCACUCUCAUCAAAUCUGACAUUGUUAAUGAGAUCUCUAAUCUGAGCCAGGGCGAUGCCAGUGCCAGUUUUCCUGGCUCAGAGCCCCUGCUGGGUUCUCCUGACCCUGAGGGGGGUGGCUCCUUGUCUAUGGAGCUGGGGGUAUCUACGGAUGUUAGUCCAGUUCGAGAUGAGGGCUCCCUGCGACUCUGUACCGACUCGCUGCCAGAGACUGAUGACUCUCUAUUGUGUGAUGCUGGGACAGCUAUCAGCGGAGGCAAAGCUGAGGGGGACAAGGGGCGGCGGCGCAGCUCCCCAGCCCGUUCCCGAAUCAAACAGGGUCGCAGCAGUAGUUUCCCAGGAAGACGCCGGCCUCGAGGAGGAGCACAUGGAGGACGAGGGAGAGGACGGGCCCGGCUAAAAUCAACCACUUCUUCCAUCGAGACUCUGGUAGUGGCUGAUAUUGAUAGCUCUCCCAGCAAGGAGGAGGAGGAAGAAGAUGAUGACACCAUGCAAAAUACUGUGGUUCUUUUUUCCAACACAGACAAAUUUGUUCUAAUGCAGGACAUGUGUGUGGUAUGUGGCAGCUUUGGUCGGGGGGCCGAGGGCCACCUCCUGGCCUGUUCACAGUGCUCUCAGUGCUAUCACCCUUACUGUGUCAACAGCAAGAUUACUAAGGUGAUGCUGCUAAAGGGCUGGCGUUGUGUGGAGUGUAUCGUGUGUGAGGUGUGUGGCCAGGCCUCUGACCCUUCACGUCUGCUGCUCUGUGAUGACUGUGACAUUAGUUACCACACAUACUGCCUGGACCCCCCACUGCUCACCGUGCCCAAGGGUGGCUGGAAGUGCAAGUGGUGUGUGUCUUGUAUGCAGUGUGGGGCCGCUUCCCCUGGCUUCCACUGUGAAUGGCAGAAUAGCUAUACACACUGUGGGCCCUGUGCCAGCCUGGUAACCUGCCCUAUCUGUCAUUCACCGUAUGUUGAAGAGGACCUGUUAAUUCAAUGCCGCCAUUGUGAACGGUGGAUGCAUGCUCGCUGCCAGAGCCUACUCACUGAGGAUGAUGUGGAGCAGGCAGCUGAUGAGGGCUUUGACUGUGUCUCCUGCCAGCCCUAUGUGGUAAAGCCUGUGGUGCCUGUUGCCCCUCCAGAAUUGGUGCCUAUGAAGGUGAAAGAGCCAGAGCCCCAGUACUUUCGCUUCGAAGGUGUGUGGCUGACAGAAACAGGCAUGGCUGUGCUGCGUAACCUGACCAUGUCGCCACUGCACAAGCGGCGCCAGAGGCGAGGCCGUCUGGGCCUCCCAGGCGAAGCAGGGCUGGAGGGUUCUGAGCCCUCUGAUGCCCUUGGCCCUGAUGACAAGAAGGAUGGGGACCUGGAUACCGACGAGCUGCUCAAGGGUGAAGGUGGUGUGGAACACAUGGAGUGUGAAAUUAAACUAGAGGGCCCUGCAAGCCCUGAUGUGGAACCUGGCAAAGAAGAGACUGAAGAAAGCAAAAAACGCAAGCGCAAACCCUAUCGGCCUGGCAUUGGUGGUUUCAUGGUGCGACAACGGAAAUCCCACACACGCGUGAAAAAGGGGCCUGCUGCACAGGCGGAGGUGUUGAGUGGGGAUGGGCAGCCCGACGAGGUGAUGCCUACUGAUCUGCCUGCAGAGGGCUCCAUGGAACAGAACCUCGCUGAUGGGGAUGAGAAGAAGAAGCAGCAGCGACGAGGGCGCAAGAAAAGCAAACUAGAGGAUAUGUUCCCUGUUUACCUGCAGGAAGCCUUCUUUGGGAAGGAGCUGCUGGACCUGAGCCGGAAGGCCCUUUUUGCAGUUGGGGUGAGCCGGCCAACCUUUGGGCUAGGAACCCCAAAAGCCCGUGGGGAUGGAGGCUCAGAUAGGAAGGAGCUCACCACUUCACAGAAAGGAGAUGAUGGUCCAGAUGUUGCAGAUGAAGAAUCCCGUGGCCCCGAGGGCAUGGCUGAUAUACCAGGUCCUGAGGAUGGAGGUGUAAAGGCAUCCCCUGUGCCCAGUGACCCUGAGAAGCCAGGCACCCCAGGUGAAGGGAUGCUUAGCUCUGACUUAGACAGGAUUCCUACAGAAGAACUGCCCAAGAUGGAGUCCAAGGAUCUGCAGCAGCUCUUCAAGGAUGUCCUGGGUUCUGAACGAGAGCAGCAUCUGGGCUGUGGAACCCCUGGCCUAGAAGGCAGCCGUACACCACUGCAGAGGCCCUUUAUCCAAGGUGGACUCCCUCUGGUCAAUCUCCCCUCCAGCAGCCCAAUGGACUCCUAUCCGGGCCUCUGUCAGUCCCCGUUCUUGGAUUCUAGGGAGCGCGGGGGCUUCUUUAGCCCAGAACCCGGUGAGCCAGACAGCCCUUGGACAGGCUCGGGGGGCACCACACCCUCCACCCCCACCACUCCCACCACAGAGGGUGAGGGCGACGGGCUCUCCUAUAAUCAACGGAAUCUGCAGCGCUGGGAGAAGGACGAGGAGUUGGGCCAGCUCUCUACCAUCUCACCUGUGCUCUAUGCCAACAUUAACUUUCCAAAUCUCAAGCAAGAUUACCCAGAUUGGUCUAACCGUUGCAAACAAAUCAUGAAGCUCUGGAGAAAGGUUCCAGCUGCUGACAAAGCCCCCUAUCUGCAAAAGGCCAAAGAUAACAGAGCGGCUCACCGCAUCAACAAGGUGCAGAAGCAGGCUGAGAGCCAGAUCAACAAGCAGACCAAGGUGGGCGACAUAGCCCGUAAGACUGAUCGACCGGCCCUUCAUCUCCGCAUUCCCCCUCAGCCAGGAGCACUGGGCAGUCCGCCCCCUGCCGCGGCCCCCACCAUUUUCAUUGGCAGUCCCACUACCCCCGCCGGCUUGUCUACCUCUGCGGACGGGUUCCUGAAGCCACCAGUGGGCACGGUGCCCGGCCCCGACUCGCCCGGUGAGCUCUUCCUCAAGCUCCCGCCCCAGGUGCCUGCCCAAGUGCCUUCGCAGGACCCCUUUGGACUGGCCCCUGCCUACACCCUGGAGCCCCGCUUCCCUGUGGCACCACCCACUUAUCCCCCCUAUCCGAGUCCGACUGGGGCCCCUGCGCAGCCCCCGAUGUUGGGCGCCUCAUCUCGUCCUGGGACUGGUCAGCCAGGAGAAUUCCGCACUACCCCACCUGGCACCCCUCGACAUCAGCCCUCCACGCCUGACCCCUUCCUCAAACCCCGCUGCCCCUCACUGGACAACCUGGCUGUCCCUGAGAGCCCAGGAGUAGUGGGAGGCAAGGCUUCUGAGCCCUUGCUCUCACCCCCAUCUUUUGGGGAGUCCCGGAAGGCCCUAGAGGUGAAGAAAGAAGAACUUGGGGCAUCCUCUCCUAGCUAUGGACCCCAAAACCUGGGUUUUGUUGACUCACCCUCCUCAGGCCCUCAUCUGGGUGGCCUGGAGUUGAAGGCACCUGAUGUCUUCAAAGCCCCCCUGACCCCUCGGGCAUCUCAGGUAGAGCCCCAGAGCCCAGGUCUGGGCCUACGGCCUCAGGAGCCACCCUCUUCCCAGGCUUUGGCCCCUUCUCCUCCCAGCCACCCAGACAUCUUUCGCCCUGGUCCCUACCCUGAUCCAUAUGCCCAGCCCCCAUUGACUCCUCGGCCCCAGCCACCACCUCCUGAAAGCUGCUGUGCCCUGCCCCCUCGCUCACUGCCCUCUGACCCUUUCUCCCGAGUGCCCGCCAGUCCUCAGUCCCAGUCCAGCUCCCAGUCCCCAUUAACUCCUCGUCCCCUGUCUGCUGAGGCUUUCUGCCCAUCCCCUGUUACCCCUCGCUUCCAGUCCCCUGACCCUUAUUCUCGCCCACCCUCGCGCCCUCAGUCCCGUGACCCAUUUGCCCCAUUGCAUAAGCCACCCCGACCCCAGCCCCCUGAAGUUGCCUUUAAGGCUGGGCCUCUAGCCCACACUCCUCUGGGGGCUGGGGGCUUCCCAGCAGCCCUGCCCUCGGGGCCAGCAGGUGAGCUCCAUGCCAAGGUCCCAAGUGGACAGCCCCCCAAUUUCGCCCGCUCCCCUGGAACGGGUGCAUUUGUGGGCACCCCCUCUCCCAUGCGUUUUACUUUCCCUCAGGCAGUAGGGGAGCCUUCCCUAAAGCCCCCUGUCCCUCAGCCUGGUCUCCCUCCACCCCAUGGGAUCAACAGCCAUUUUGGGCCCGGCCCCACCUUGGGCAAGCCACAAAGCACAAACUACACAGUAGCCACGGGGAACUUCCAUCCAUCAGGCAGUCCGCUGGGGUCCAACAGUGGGUCCACAGGGGAGGGUUAUGGGCUGUCCCCACUACGCCCCGCAUCAGUUCUGCCACCACCUGCACCCGAUGGAUCCCUCUCCUACCUGUCCCAUGGAGCCUCACAGCGGGCAAGCAUCACCUCUCCAGUUGAAAAGCAAGACCCAGGGUCUACAAUGAGUAGCUCUUUGGCAGCACCUGAUCUCCCAGGUACCCAGGACCCAGGCAUGUCCAACCUCAGCCAGACAGAACUGGAGAAACAACGGCAGCGCCAGCGGCUACGGGAGUUGCUGAUUAGGCAGCAGAUCCAGCGCAACACCCUGCGGCAGGAGAAGGAAACGGCUGCAGCAGCUGCAGGUGCAGCAGGGCCCCCAGGCAGCUGGGGUGCUGAGCCCAGCAGCCCUGCCUUUGAGCAGCUGAGUCGAGGCCAGACCCCUUUUACUGGAACCCAGGAUAAGAGCAGCCUUGUGGGGUUACCUCCGAGCAAGCUAGGUGGCCCUAUCCUUGGGCCUGGGGCCUUCCCUACCGAUGAACGACUAUCUCGGCCACCUCCACCAGCCACACCUUCUUCUUUGGACAUGAACAGCCGGCAACUGGUGGGAGGCUCCCAGGCCUUCUAUCAGCGAGGGCCCUAUCCUGCGUCCCUGCCCUUACAGCAGCAACAGCAGCAACAACUGUGGCAGCAGCAGCAGCAGCAGCAGCAGCAGCAGGCAACAACAGCAACCUCCAUGCGACUUGCCAUGUCUACUCGCUUUCCAUCAACUCCUGGACCUGAACUUGGCCGCCAAACAUUAGGUUCUCCCUUGGCGGGAAUUCCCACCCGCCUACCAGGUCCUGCUGAGCCAGUGCCUGGUCCAGCUGGUCCUGCUCAGUUCAUUGAGUUGCGACACAAUGUACAGAAAGGACUAGGACCUGGAGGGGCUCCAUUUCCUGGUCAGGGCCCCCCUCAGAGGCCCCGUUUUUACCCUGUAAAUGAAGAUCCCCAUCGAUUAGCCCCUGAAGGACUUCGAGGCCUGGCAAUAUCAGGUCUUCCCCCACAGAAACCCUCUGUUCCACAAGCCCCUGAAUUGAACAAUAGCCUUCAUCCAACGGUCCACACCAAGAGUCCGGCUUUGCCAGCUGGUUUGGAGCUAGUCAGCCGUCCCCCCUCAAGCACUGAGCUUGGCCGUCCCCCUCCUCUGGCCCUAGAAACUGGGAAAUUACCCUGUGAGGAUUCUGAGCUAGACGACGAUUUUGAUGCCCACAAGGCCUUAGAGGAUGAUGAAGAGCUUGCUCACUUGGGUCUGGGUGUGGAUGUAGCCAAGGGUGAUGAUGAGCUGGGUACCCUGGAAAACCUGGAGACCAAUGAUCCCCACCUGGAUGACCUGCUUAAUGGAGAUGAGUUUGACCUACUGGCAUAUACUGAUCCUGAGCUGGACACAGGGGACAAGAAGGACAUCUUUAAUGAGCACCUAAGACUGGUGGAGUCGGCAAAUGAGAAGGCUGAGCGGGAGGCCCUGCUGCGGGGGGUUGAGCCAGGACCCUUGGGCCCUGAGGAGCGCCCUGCCCCUGCUGCUGAUGCAUCUGAACCCCGCUUAGCAUCUGUACUUCCUGAGGUGAAGCCCAAGGUGGAGGAAGGUGGGCGCCACCCUUCCCCUUGCCAGUUCACCAUUACUGCCCCCAAGGGAGAAUCAGCACCUGCUACAACUUCCCUUGGCCUAGGACUGAAGCCAGGACAGAGUGUGAUGGGUAGCCGGGACACCCGAAUGGGCACAGGACCAUUUUCCAGCGGUGGGCACACAGUUGAGAAGGGUUCCUUUGGGGCCACAGGAGGACCAUCAGCCCACUUGCUGACUCCUAGCCCCUUGAGUGGCCCAGGAGGAUCCUCCUUACUGGAAAAGUUUGAGCUAGAGAGUGGGGCCCUGACCUUGCCUGGUGGACACACAACAUCAGGGGAUGAGCUGGACAAGAUGGAGAGCUCGCUGGUUGCCAGUGAGUUGCCCCUGCUCAUUGAGGACCUGUUGGAACAUGAAAAGAAGGAGCUGCAGAAGAAACAGCAGCUUUCAGCACAGCUGCAACCUGCCCAGCAACAACAGCAACAGCAGCAACAACAACAUCCCCUACUGUCCACACCAGGCCCUGCCCAGGCCCUGCCUUUGCCACAUGAGGGCUCUUCUAGUUUGGCUGGGCCCCAACAACAGCUUGCCCUAGGUCUUGCAGGUGCCCGACAGCCAGGCUUGAGCCAACCACUGAUGCCCACCCAGACACCAGCUCAUGCCCUCCAGCAGCGCCUGGCCCCAUCUAUGGCCAUGGUGUCCAACCAAGGGCAUAUGCUAAGUGGGCAGCAUGGGGGGCAAGCAGGCUUGGUGCCCCAGCAGAGCCCUCAGCCAGUGCUACCACAGAAACCCAUGGGUACCAUGCCACCUUCCAUGUGCAUGAAGCCCCAGCAGUUGGUGAUGCAGCAGCAGCUGGCUAACAACUUCUUCCCAGAUACAGACCUGGACAAAUUUGCUGCAGAAGACAUCAUUGAUCCCAUUGCAAAGGCCAAGAUGGUAGCUUUAAAAGGCAUCAAGAAAGUGAUGGCUCAGGGCAGCAUUGGGGUGGCACCUGGUAUGAACAGGCAGCAAGUGUCACUGCUAGCCCAGAGGCUCUCUGGGGGACCUGGCAGUGAUUUGCAGAACCAUGUGGCACCUGGGAGUGGCCAGGAGCGGAAUGCCAGUGACCCCUCCCAGCCUCGUCCCAACCCACCCACUUUUGCCCAGGGAGUAAUCAAUGAGGCUGAUCAGCGGCAGUAUGAGGAGUGGCUCUUCCAUACCCAACAGCUCCUACAGAUGCAACUGAAGUUGCUAGAGGAGCAGAUUGGUGUGCACCGUAAGUCCCGGAAGGCUCUGUGUGCCAAACAGCGCACUGCCAAAAAGGCUGGCCGUGAGUUCCCAGAAGCUGAUGCUGAGAAGCUCAAACUGGUUACAGAACAGCAGAGCAAGAUCCAGAAACAACUGGAUCAGGUUCGUAAACAGCAGAAGGAGCACACGAAUCUCAUGGCAGAGUAUCGAAACAAGCAGCAACAGCAACAGCAGCAGCAACAACAGCAACAACAGCAGCAACAGCAGCAACAGCACUCAGCUGUGCUAGCUCUCAGCCCUUCUCAGAGUCCUCGGCUACUCACCAAGCUCCCUGGUCAGCUGCUCCCUGGCCAUGGGUUACAGCCACCACAGGGGCCUCCGGGUGGACAAGCUGGAGGUCUUCGCCUGCCUCCUGGGGGUAUGGCACUACCUGGACAGCCUACUGGCCCAUUCCUCAACACAGCCCUGGCCCAACAGCAGCAACAGCAACAUUCUGGUGGGGCUGGAUCCUUGGCUGGUGCCUCAGGGGGCUUCUUUCCUGGCAACCUUGCUCUUCGAAGCCUAGGACCUGACUCAAGGCUUUUACAGGAAAGGCAGCUGCAGCUGCAGCAGCAACGCAUGCAGCUGGCUCAGAAAUUACAGCAGCAGCAACAGCAGCAGCAACACCUCCUAGGACAGGUGUCAGUUCAGCAGCAACAGCAACAGGGUCCUGGGGUACAAGCAAACCAGACUCUGGGUCCCAAGCCCCAGGGUCUUCUGCCUCCUGGCAGCCACCAGGGCCUCCUGGUGCAGCAGUUGUCCCCACAACCACCCCAGGGGUCCCAAAGUAUGUUGGGUCCUUCCCAGGUGGCAGUGUUGCAGCAGCAGCACCCUGCAGCUUUGGGUCCUCAGGGCCCUCACAGACAGGUGCUUAUGACCCAGUCCCGGGUGCUGAGUUCCCCCCAGCUGACACAGCAGGGUCAUGGCCUUAUGGGACACCGGCUGGUCACAGCCCAACAGCAGCAGCAGCAGCAACAACAGCAGCAGCAACAACAACACCAACAGCAGGGAUCCAUGGCAGGGCUUUCCCAUCUUCAGCAGGGCCUGAUAUCACACAGUGGUCAGCCCAAACUGAGCACUCAGCCUCUGGGCUCCUUACAGCAGCAGCAGCUUCAACAACAGCAGCAACAGCAACUACAGCAGCAGCAGCAGCAACAGCAGCAACAGCAGCUUCAACAGCAGCAGCAGCAGCUUCAACAGCAACAGCAGCAACAACUUCAGCAACAGCAGCAACAGCUUCAGCAGCAGCAGCAGCAGCAGCAGCAGCAGCAACAACAACUUCAGCAACAGCAGCAGUUACAACAGCAACAACAGCAGCUGCAGCAGCAGCAGCAGCAACAGCACCAGAUGGGCCUCUUGAACCAGAGUCGAACUUUAUUAUCUCCUCAGCAACAGCAGCAGCAGCAGGUGACACUUGGCCCUGGCAUGCCAGCCAAGCCUCCUCAACAUUUUUCUAGCUCUGGAGCCCUAGGCCCAACCCUCCUCCUGACGGGCAAGGAACAAAACAUUGUAGAGACCGCUCUUCCUUCAGAAGUCACCGAAGGGCCCUCAACACAUCAAGGAGGGCCAUUAGGAAUAGGGACUGCACCUGAGUCAUUGGCUACUGAGCCAGGAGAGGUAAAGCCCUCCCUCUCUGGGGACUCACAACUCUUGCUGGUCCAACCCCAGGCCCAGCCUCAGCCCAACUCUCUGCAGCUGCAGCCACCUCUGAGGCUCCCGGGACAACCUCAGCAGCAAGUUAACUUGCUACACGCAGCAGGUGCAGGAAGCCAUGGGCAACUAGGCAGUGGACCAUCCUCUGAGGCUUCAUCUAUGCCCCACUUGCUGGCCCAGCCCUCUGUUUCCUUAGGGGAACAGCCUAUGCCCAUGACCCAGAACCUUCUGGGGCCACAACAGCCCCUUGGGCUAGAGAGACCCAUGCAAAAUAAUACAGGGCCACAGCCUUCCAAAGCAGGAUCUGGCGCCCAGUCUGGGCAGGGUCUGCCUGGGGUUGGAGUCAUGCCUACAGUGGGUCAACUUCGAGCACAGCUCCAAGGAGUUCUGGCCAAAAACCCACAGCUGCGGCACUUGAGUCCUCAGCAGCAGCAGCAACUACAGGCCCUCCUCAUGCAGCGGCAGCUGCAGCAGAGUCAGGCCGUUCGCCAGACUCCACCCUACCAGGAGCCUGGAACCCAACCCUCUCCCCUGCAGGGCCUCUUGGGCAGCCAUCCUCAACCUGGGGGUUUCCCUGGAUCCCAGACAGGCCCCCUCCAGGAGCUAGGGGCAGGGCCUAGACCUCAGGGCCCACCCCGGCUCCCUACCCCACAAGGAGCCUUAUCCACAGGACCAGUCCUUGGCCCUGUCCAUCCCACACCUCCACCAUCCAGUCCCCAAGAGCCAAAGAGAUCUUCACAAUUACCUUCCCCCAGUGCCCAGCUCACCCCUACCCAUCCAGGGACCCCAAAGCCCCAGGGGCCAACCUCAGAGCUGCCUCCUGAGAGGGUCUCACCUGCUGCUGCCCAGCUUGUGGAUACCUUCUUUUGCAAGGGGCUGGGACCUUGGGAUCCCCCAGACAACCUAGCAGAAGCCCAGAAGCUAGAGCAGAGCAGCCUGGUACCUGGGCAUCUGGAGCAGGUGAAUGGACAAGUGGUACCUGAGCCACCCCAACUCAGCAUCAAGCAGGAACCUCGGGAAGAGCCAUGUGCCCUGGGACCCCAGGCAGUGAAGAGGGAGGCCAAUGGGGAGCCAAUAGGGACAUCAGGUACCAGCAACCACCUCCUGCUGGCAGGCUCCCGCUCAGAGGCAGGGCAUCUGCUCUUGCAGAAGCUUCUACGAGCAAAGAAUGUGCAACUCGGCGCUGGGCGGGUGCCUGAGGGGCUGCGAGCUGAGAUCAACGGGCACAUUGACAGCAAGCUGGCAGGGCUGGAACAGAAACUACAGGGUACCCCCAACAACAAGGAGGAUGCGGCAGCAAGGAAGCCUUUGACACCAAAGCCCAAGCGGGUACAGAAGGCAAGCGACAGGUUGGUGAGCUCCCGAAAGAAACUGCGGAAGGAGGAUGGUGUCAGGGCCAACGAGGCCCUGUUGAAACAGCUAAAACAGGAGCUGUCCUUGCUGCCCCUGACGGAACCUACCAUCACUGCCAAUUUUAGUCUCUUUGCUCCCUUUGGCAGUGGCUGCCCAGUCAGUGGGCAGAGCCAGCUGAGAGGGGCCUUUGGAAGUGGGGCACUGUCCAGCAGCCCUGACUACUAUUCCCAGCUGCUUACCAAGAAUAACCUGAGUAACCCGCCGACACCACCCUCGUCGCUGCCCCCCACCCCACCCCCAUCGGUGCAGCAGAAGAUGGUAAAUGGUGUCACUCCUUCUGAAGAGCUGGGGGAGCACCCCAAGGACACAGCCUCUUCCCGGGACACUGAAGGAGCACUGAGGGAUGCUUCAGAGGUGAAGAGUGUAGACCUGCUGGCUGCCUUGCCCACACCCCCCCACAAUCAGACUGAGGAUGUCAGGAUGGAGAGUGAUGAGGACAGUGAUUCUCCUGACAGCAUUGUGCCGGCAUCGUCCCCCGAGAGCAUCCUGGGGGAGGAGGCCCCUCGUUUCCCUCAGCUGGGCUCAGGCCGGUGGGAGCAGGAUGACCGAGCCCUCUCUCCUGUCAUCCCAAUCAUUCCUCGGGCUAGCAUCCCAGUCUUCCCAGAUACCAAACCUUAUGGGACCCUCGACUUAGAGGUCCCUGGAAAGCUGCCUGCCACAACUUGGGAAAAGAGCAAAGGAAGUGAGGUGUCAGUCAUGCUGACAGUUUCAGCUGCUGCAGCCAAGAAUCUUAAUGGUGUGAUGGUGGCAGUGGCAGAGCUGCUAAGCAUGAAGAUCCCCAACUCCUAUGAGGUGCUGUUUCCAGAGAGCCCUGCCAGGGCAAGCAUUGAGCCUAAGAAGGGAGAAGCCGAGGGCCCUGGUGGGAAAGAAAAGGGUCUGGGCGUCAAGAGUUCAGAUGCUGGCCCUGAUUGGCUAAAGCAGUUUGACGCAGUGUUGCCUGGCUACACCCUUAAGAGCCAGCUAGACAUCUUGAGCCUCCUGAAACAGGAGAGCCCCGCUCCAGAGCCGGCCACCCAGCACAGCUACACCUACAACGUCUCCAAUCUGGAUGUGCGACAGCUCUCUGCUCCGCCUCCUGAAGAACCCUCCCCACCCCCAUCCCCCUUGGCACCCUCCCCUGCCAGCCCUCCUGCUGAACCCCUGGUUGAACUUGCAACUGAACCCUCAGCUGACCCACCAAUGCCCUCACCCUUGCCUUUGGCCUCAUCCCCCGAAUCAGCCCGGCCUAAGCCCCGAGCCCGGCCCCCUGAAGAAGGUGAAGAUUCCCGUUCCCCUCGCCUCAAGAAGUGGAAAGGGGUGCGCUGGAAGAGGCUGAGGCUGCUUCUGACCAUCCAGAAGGGCAAUGGGCGGCAGGAGGAUGAGCGGGAAGUGGCAGAGUUUAUGGAACAACUUGGCACAGCCUUGCGGCCUGACAAGGUGCCCCGCGACAUGCGGCGCUGCUGCUUCUGUCAUGAGGAGGGGGAUGGGGCCACUGAUGGUCCUGCCCGCUUGCUAAACCUGGACCUGGACCUGUGGGUACACCUCAACUGUGCUCUGUGGUCCACGGAAGUAUAUGAGACCCAGGGUGGGGCGCUUAUGAAUGUGGAGGUUGCCCUGCACCGAGGACUGCUAACCAAGUGCUCCCUGUGCCAGCGAACUGGUGCCACCAGCAGCUGUAAUCGCAUGCGUUGCCCCAAUGUCUACCACUUUGCCUGUGCCAUCCGCGCCAAGUGCAUGUUCUUUAAGGACAAGACCAUGCUGUGUCCUAUGCAUAAGAUCAAGGGGCCCUGUGAGCAGGAGCUCAGCUCAUUUGCUGUCUUCCGGCGGGUCUACAUUGAACGGGAUGAGGUGAAGCAGAUUGCUAGCAUCAUCCAGCGGGGAGAGCGGCUUCACAUGUUCCGUGUAGGGGGCCUUGUGUUCCAUGCCAUUGGACAGCUGCUCCCUCACCAGAUGGCUGACUUCCACAGUGCCACUGCCCUCUAUCCUGUGGGCUAUGAGGCCACACGCAUCUACUGGAGCCUCCGCACUAACAAUCGCCGCUGCUGCUACCGAUGCUCCAUUGGAGAGAACAAUGGGCGGCCUGAGUUUAUAAUCAAAGUCAUGGAGCAGGGCCUGGAAGAUCUGGUCUUCACUGAUGCCUCUCCACAGGCUGUGUGGAAUCGCAUCAUCGAGCCAGUGGCUGCCAUGAGAAAAGAAGCUGACAUGCUGCGACUCUUCCCUGAGUACCUAAAAGGCGAGGAGCUCUUUGGGCUGACGGUGCAUGCCGUGCUUCGCAUAGCUGAAUCACUGCCUGGGGUGGAGAGCUGUCAAAACUAUUUAUUCCGCUAUGGGCGCCACCCCCUGAUGGAGCUGCCACUCAUGAUCAACCCCACUGGCUGUGCCCGAUCGGAGCCUAAAAUCCUCACACACUACAAACGGCCCCAUACCCUGAACAGCACCAGCAUGUCUAAGGCAUAUCAGAGCACCUUCACAGGCGAAACCAACACACCAUACAGCAAGCAGUUUGUGCACUCGAAGUCAUCUCAGUACCGGCGCCUGCGCACCGAGUGGAAGAACAAUGUGUAUCUGGCUCGCUCCCGUAUCCAGGGCCUGGGGCUCUAUGCAGCCAAGGAUCUAGAAAAGCACACUAUGGUCAUCGAGUACAUUGGCACCAUCAUUCGCAAUGAGGUGGCCAACCGGCGGGAGAAAAUAUAUGAAGAGCAGAAUCGAGGCAUCUACAUGUUCCGAAUAAACAAUGAACAUGUCAUUGAUGCUACGUUGACUGGAGGCCCUGCCAGGUACAUUAACCAUUCCUGUGCCCCUAACUGUGUGGCAGAAGUCGUGACAUUUGACAAGGAGGACAAAAUCAUUAUCAUCUCUAGCCGGCGAAUCCCCAAAGGAGAGGAGCUAACCUAUGACUAUCAGUUUGAUUUUGAGGAUGAUCAGCACAAGAUCCCCUGUCACUGUGGAGCCUGGAAUUGUCGAAAAUGGAUGAACUAAGAAGCUUUGAGGCUACCAGGCAGGGGAGUCUCCCCACCCCCAACCUCUUCCCUGAAAGGGAUGAGGGGGAAGAGAGGUAGCAGCCAGAGCCAGGACCCAGGGCAGGGGCUGCCGACUGACCGGAGCCCCUGGAGCAAGAGGCUGGGGCAGAGGGCCCCUUAGGCCACGCCCACCCUGGGCACCAGGGACAACCCUCUUCCCCGCCACUGACCCUCAGGCUGGCAUCUCUGCCCCCAGCUCCAGGAGGGGCCAGACAGAAGCAGCCAUUGGGCAUCUCAGGUUUGAGGGGGAUAUGGGCCGGGAACUACCCAGAAGCAUCUGGGAGGCAGCAGGGAGCGGGGAGGAGGAUGUGUGGCCGGGCCUCACAGCCCUGCUGCUCCCACUGACCUCUCCGGCCCAACUCAAGGCUGCAAAGAGACUUGACUAAGCUUGACAAUCCCAAAGGCCGGGUCCCACACCUGGCCCUGCCUGCCGGGUCCUGCCCCCACCCUCACCCCCAACUCCUUCCCUCUCUUAUCUGUCUCUGUCUCCCUCUUUCCUCUGUGUUUCUGUCUCUCUAUGGGUUGUGUUUCCUUGUUUUCCACUCUGACAAAUGCAACAUGAACGGGAAAGAGGCGCCCAGCUUCCCAGGAGGGCAAGCUGGGCAAGCCGGGCAAGGAGACCCCGCACCCACACCUACCUCAUUUAAGUGUUGGAUUUUUUGCUGUUUUGAAAUGUGAGACCCUCUCCAAGCCCCUACUGCCCCAACCCUCUCCCCCACCUCACUGCCCUCUUCUGAGUGGGUGGAAAGGGGGUAGGAGGAGGAAGAAAAACAACAACAAAAAAUCCAUCUUUGUUUUUAAUUAUGGGCAUGGGAUGGUGGUUGAGGCAAAUGGUGAUGAAGAUUGGGGAUGACUGGCCCCUAGUUGCUCUAGGACUUCCUUCUCCAUCUGGACAUGGGGCAGGAGGGGUGUGCUAAACCUAGGACCAGGAUAUCUCCCUCCUGUUUUCCUAACCUCAUCAUGAGCCCAUUUGCCCUCCAGCCCCUGGAUGGGUGGGUGGGGGGCAGGGUGAGGGCUAUCCCUGAGUGGCAUGCCCAUACCCAGUGAGGCAGGGUGUGGCCCGGAGCUCCCACUUUCCCUCAGUCACCAAACUGCUGCUGGUCUGGUGGGAAGGGGUGGUGAUGUGGGGGUGGGGAGCUUAGUGUCAGCGCGGGGAGGGUGGGGGGUAUUUAUCUAUUUAUACAUGGGAUUGUACAUAGUCUUGUGGGGCAUGGGGGAGCCGGCUGGAGGUGAGAACCCUCCCCUCUCCCCCCACCCCCGGGGAGAGCAAAUGUAAAACUACUAAUUUUUGUGCUUUAUAUAUUCUAUAUAAAUAUAUCUAUUUUCUUUUUACAAAACCAGUUUAUAAAUGGUAGGGGGGUGUGGGGCGGACACAUGGAGCUCCCCUUGUGGGGGGGCCCACUCCAUUACCCAACCUACCGCCCUUUUCCUCACCCCCCCUUCCCACCCCCUGGCUGUGACUGCUGUAAGGUGAGGGUAUAGAGAGAGGCUGGGCCGCCUCCCUCUCCAUUGUAUAGUUGGACUAUUAUAACGCACAAAAGUGAGCUGGCCCCAGGGGGAGCCAGAGGGUGAUGGGUUCCCUGCCCCCUUUCCUUCCCCUUUCUGCCCAAGCUUGUGCUGCAGUUGAACCUCUUCCUGGGGGUAGGGGUAGGUAGGGGGUAGGUGAAGCCCCAGACCCCUCUCUGGUAGGGAGCCUUGGAAUGAAGAUAAAACUUAUAUGCAGUUCUCUCCUAGGGGCUGUGGGCAAAGGGCAUUUUGUAAUUAAUAUUUUCAAGAAUCAGAUGUCUGGAGUGUAGGGGUGGGCUUGGUGGUGGCAGAUGGGCAGGCCUGCUGGAGGGGGAGCAUGGUCGCUGUUGUGAUUUUAGGUUUGUUUUUGUUUUGUUUUGAAUUUGGGGGGUUGUGGAUUGAUGGGGGUAGGGAGAUUUCUUUCUUUUCUUUUUUUCUUUUCUUUUUUUUUUUUUUUUUUUAAAGCUGCUUCCUCAACUGUUUCAAGCUGCAAAUGUUUAAGAGAAUAACACCCCCGACUCCCACAGGAAUCACUGUAAUUAGAUCAGGCAGUGGGGAGACUGGGCUGCUGCCCCUAGAGCCACAGCCCUUGGUCUCUCUUUCUGAGAUCAAAAAGGUCUAGGCCACUGGGACGGGGAGAUUGGCUGCAGUCAAACUCUGGUCAGGGCUUGGGCCUUAAGAUUGGGCAAAGGGGAUGGGGCAGACUUUGUAAGCAUAUGCUAGGUAUCCGAUAGUCCUGUAGAAUUUAGUGAAGAAUCCUUAUACAGUUUUUAAUUUUUAUAUAAACUAUAACUCAGACCCAAGCUGCAAGGUUGGAAUUUUGGUUGUUGGUUUUUUUAAGUACCCUGCCUGUAUAAUUGCAUCACAAUUCCCUCCCCACCCCACUCCCCCCGUUUGUAUUUUGGGUUGGUUUACACUUGCACAUACUCAAUUUUCAGUUUUUCCCCUGUACCGCCUUCUACCCUCACCUCCAGGACCCUCCCCCUUUUUAAAAAAAAAUAAAUCGCUGACAAGUGUGAAUCCCGUGAAGACUUUAUUUUGUGUUGUGUGUAUCCUGUACAGCAAGGUUGGUCCUUCGUAACAACGGAUGAAAUGGUUCCCUUUUUUUUAAAGCGCCCUCUCUCCCUCCACCCCCAGCGCCCCUGUCCUUGGCAUGUUUUGUAUCAGCGAUCAUUCUGAACUGUACAUAAUUUAUGUUGCGAGAGGCAAAGGGCAAGUUUUGGAUUUUGCUUCUUCCAAGUUUGUUUUUAAACGACAAAUAAAAAAAGAACAUUUUAAAUAUAAGCGGCUCCGUUCCGUGACCCUCGCCGUCAACCGGAUACGUGAGGUCCGCGAGGACCCGGGGGAGGGCGGUUAUCCAGGCAAGGCCACCCCCGGAAGGGGGGACUCCUCCCGUCUGUGCGUACGUUCUGCCGUGACGUAGGCGGAAGUGGCGUCGCAGCACCGGACAUGGGGCGGGGCGUGCCCUGAGCGAGCUUCCUAAAGUGAAAGGAUAAGGCCGGUGCCCCUUGCGAUGGAGACGGUUACUUCAGAUAGCUCCCCUGCUCUGGAAAAUGAGCAUCCUCAAGAUUCAGCUUCUAGAAUACUGAAAGACUUCACCCUCCAAGCUUGAAAUUGAAUAGUUCUUCUCUCCAGAGUCCCCUUGAGGGGAAUGCCCCAAAAAUAGACCCCGGAAUCGAACAAUAGCGUGUAUACUUCCUUCAUGAAGUCUCAUCGCUGCUAUGACCUGAUUCCCACAAGCUCCAAAUUGGUUGUAUUUGAUACUUCCUUGCAGGUG